ACCUUAUUUUUCCUAUUAUCCUGUUUACUCGAAUACCUGAUACCAGGAAUGAACUGUCAAGUUCGAAUGGUUCUGAUCUAUGGAUCAGUUUCCGGGCCCAAAAACCUUACAACCUACAAUACCCUGGAAGAUUGUAAAAACGGGUGUUAUGAAGAAGAUACUUGUAUUCUGGCUUAUUUUGUGCUUGGAGAACUGAUAUCCCUAACAACACCUGGCCGGCUUUCUACAACGAGCUCAAGUUCUCAUUUACCCCAAAUAUCAAUGACACUUACGUUUUAACGUU